AUGCAGAGCUAUCGUGAGUUGGAGAUGUUCGUUAUCGUCGGAGUCCUCCGCACGUCUAUACCAGAUCCCCAUAGACCAGGUACAGGUAUCCCCUCCUCUAAACUCCUCGAGAACCAUACUCACGGCACUCAUGCUUCGACCUAUCGUCCUGAAAGAACAAUGACUUCCGAUCCGAAUCCCAAUCCCAACCCCCAAGAUGCCUCCUACACAAACCGCGUGACAAUCCUCCCCCAAGGAAACUACCUCCUCAGCCUAAUGACCACAAUCCGCGACAAAUCGACCUCCUCAAAGGCAUUCGCCGCGGCAUUCGAUAGAGUCUCCGAUCUGCUCAUAGCAGCUGGCACCCCUCGACCUCCUCCCAACCGAACCCGCCACAGUCGAAACACCAACAGGCUGGACGUACGCCGGAAGACGCCAGGUCAAGCCCGUCUGCGGCGUGAGCAUCCUCCGCGCAGGCGCGAGCUUCGAGGCUGCGCUGCGGAGGGCUUAUGGCGACAACCUAAGCAUGGGCAAACUGCUCAUCCAACGCAACGAGGAAACCAGCCUCCCGGUGCAUCUGUACUCGAAGGUCCCCGGGAGCAUCGGGUCGCAGAGUACGCCCCGCCAUCUCCUCCCCCCAAAUCCGCACCACUAACGAAGCGCACAGCCGUGCUCAUCCUCGAGCCUAUGCUCGCGACGGGCGGGUCCGCGAGUACGGCGAUCAAUGUGCUCAAGGAGAAAGGCGUGCGCGAGGAGGACAUUAUAUUCGUGAAUCUGGUUGCGUCGAGACAUGGGCUUGAGACGGUUAUGGAGGCGUUUCCUGGGUUACGGCUUGUGACUGCGGCUGUGGAUGGGGAUUUGACGGGGUCGAACCAUAUUGCGCCGGGGUUGGGGGAUUUUGGGGAUCGGUUUUAUGGGACUUGA